UUGGUAAUUUCUCGUUAGCAAACGAAUCGCAUACACGAUAACAAAUGCAUUUGUCGCAUUCAAUAACGGUAUAAGUGCGUGAAGGUGGUGCCAUAGAGGUGAAGUUCGACCAUCAGUAUGUUGGUGUUUUUGGUUUUAUUCUUGACUAACGGGUUUGGUGAAAUUGAUUCCGCACAUCACACUGAAGAUUACUGCUGGCGGGACUACGAAGGUGUUUUACCAGCAGACGCUUUCUCAGCAUUCCGUGACCUCCAAACCGAGCCGCUAUAUUUCGGCCAAACGGCUCACCAAAACAUAACAAUUCCAGGCAAACUUUUACAGUCACGCAAGAAGCUGUUCUAUGAAUUCUACUCAAAGGAAUACCAAGUUGAUCAGAAUGUUAAGAUAUUUUGUGUGAAAGAUCCUAGCAGAUUUGAAUGGAUUCCUACGAAUAACACCCACUUACUUCGCCUGCGAAACAACAGGCUCUUGGUAAAAGGUGGAUACGAGGCCGGGUAUAGAACUUAUCUUGGCCGGAUUAAUUUCAACGGAACGCCCAAUGUUGGAAAAAUUAUCUGCAGGGUGACUGACUGCUAUGGUAUCUACAUUACAAACGAUGGUGCGACUCAAGUUAUUGGCGAAAACUAUGAGGUGUUAGCGCACAACGCAGCUCCUGGUGUAGUUAAAGUUGUAGAGGUUGGAGAAACAGGGAGAGAAAAAGUAAGAGAAACUGAAAGCGAAAAUGCAAGAGAAAAGGGGGAAAAAGGAAGAGGAAAUGAAGGUCUAGUCAACUGUCAUAAUUGUCAUAGCGUAGUUAUACAUUUAUAUUAAGUACAAAUGCAUAGCAGUGCAGCUUGUUAGUACCCACACUUAGUUAUCGUUAUAACGCUGCUAUAACCGUAAUUUUAAUUAAAAAAAUCGAUUCAUUAAUGAAACACUG